AUGGCCCAUCAUGGCACAGGACACGCUCGGUUCAACAGAGUAAUGCGGAAGAAAUAUCAAUUGGAUUCUGCAUACUUUAGCGAAACUGGGAAGGGUCCAGAAAACUCCGCGACGCCGACAAUUAUACCGCAACAGACGGUUGGAAAUGGCAUGGAGGGUGAGCUAACCCUGGACCUGGUGAUGCAGGCACAGGAUGUGCACGACAGUCAGGGAUUGCCCCUCGAGAAGCGCCAGCAAUCAGACACAGCCACGGGAGAUCAGGCUACGGUGUCUGCGACUAUCAUCAACGUGGUCGACAGCAAUUCGCAGACUAGCACCGGCACUUCGGCAACUGCACCGACAACGAUAUCUGAAGAGUCGACUGUUCCCGUGACUUCAGGCUCGUCAACAGACACUGACUCAUUGCUCCUGUCGCUUUCUGCCACUGUUUCGGUAGAUCUAUCCCUGACUGCUUCGCCUGCGUAUUCUUCUCCGACCGCAGACACACCGGCAGUAACAAGUACACCUGAACCGUCCUCAUCCGCCCCACCGUCAUCGGCGCCCGCCGCUUCGAAGACGUCUACUCCGCUAUUCGGCUCUACUGCAACCGCUCUUCCUUCUUCUGCACACCCCCAGCCAUCAAGCGCAUUGUCUAGCUCCAGUCCAAGUAGUACACAAAACGCUAGCCAGGUUACUGGCUCAAGCUCUGCUUGGGUGUUCGGAUCCGGUUCACAAUCUACGACUUCCUACGUGACUCAGACGAACUCCGCCACGACAUCUACCUUCUCAUCGGAUUCUACUUCCACCACUUCGCUUUACGGAGCUUGGGGUACGGCCUCGAAUGGAGGGGGCGGAGGAUCAGGGGCAACUGCCACCGGACAAGGUGUCUCGCCUUCAUCCUCUUCGGGCAGCUCCAGCUCCAACUCCAGCUCGGGCUCGGGCUCGGGCUCCCUGAGCAGCCAAACUAAAGGCAAGAUAGCCGGUGGUGUGGUUGGUGGCGUGGCUGCUGCUAUGUUCGUGUUCGUAAUUGUUGUCUGGCUGCUCCGCCGCCGCAAGAAGAACAUCCUGCCCCCAUCUGGGGACGCUCUCCCCGAGCCUGACACGACCGGGACAGCUGAAGGCUCUCUCCCACGCUCGGCGGAGAUGACAUCGCGGCGGUCUAGCGACGACCCCUUGUUUACUGCGUCAUACUUUGCGCCAGCUUUUAUGAAACGAUGGCGCCAGUCGCACAUGACGACGCGCACCGACAGUACACUAAGCUCUGAGCCUAGCGAGCGUGGGUUCCAAAAGAUCUCCGGCCGUAAAAUUCCUUCAGUGCUGCAGUCAGGAGGGGACGGCUACGGCGGAGGAUAUGAACCGGGAUCCCCUACUGCGUCUGAGCCGAGCACGCUUUUUUCUCCGAGCUCACCAGUUCAGCCACGGUCACCGCCAACACAACCGCCCGUGGCGACACCGUAUGGCAUGCCGUUGGAUACCAGCUAUACUCGAGAAGCGGCGGAGGUGGGAGGUGUAGUGGUGUUUCGACCAUCUCCAGCCCGCACACCAGUUACCGGGUCCGCCAACGCCAGUCUGUCCAAUGAGCCAACCGGGCCACGGGUCGUUUCGCAAGUCGGAGCUCUCUCCCCGACAAUGCCCAAGCGGCCUGAUGCGCUCGGACGAAGUCACCCGAGCUUCGAUGGCAGUCGGGGCAGUCGGUUUACGGAGAGUAUAUGA